AUGGUAAAAACUCGACACCAGUACACAAUGGAACAACAAUCAAGUAAUGCAAACAUGGAUACACAGACACAGUCAGACACAGAAAUUAAUACAGACACGCAAACGCAUCAAAAUAACCUGCUACACAUACACACAAACGCCGAAAGGAGCAACUCCGAACCUAACCUGAGAGACCACGUCACGUCUAAUGACGCGGCGGGGGCAAGCUCAUUUUGCAAUCAAAAUUUUGGCGCUAUACUGAAUUCCAUUUUGGAAGGCAUAUCCAAUAUUAAGCAAGAUAAUGACGAAAAAUUCUCACAAUUAAUGACAGACAAUGCAGCCUUCAGAAAUGACAUAAAAUCAGACUUCGCCACACUGACUCAAAAGGUAGAUGAAAUUAAUACACGUCUUUCCAAACAGGUCGACGAUCUUACGGAAAAAUUCGAAAAUUUAGAAUUACGACAAAGCGACAAUGCCAAUCACAUCCAUGACUUGACAAAAACCUGUGAAACUAUUAAUUGCAAACUAGAAUCAAACACGCACGCAUGUGACGAAAUUAAUUUAAAGGGAGAUAACCCGUACAAAAAACGAAGAAACAACAAUUUUAAUUCAAGAAGGAAUAAUGGAAACAACAACGAACACAAAGCAAAACAGAAACACUGGCAAAGAAACAACAACACAGAUUACACAAGAAAUGGAACACUUACACCGCACUUUAAUCAGAACGACAACCAGUAUUAUGUGAGACAGUGGCAAACACCGCAACCGCCACCACAAAAUCAUAUUCAGAUGCCACAAGGGAAUUUUGCGCAAACAAGCCACACUAACCAACAAGUGACUUCAGCCAAACGAAACCAGACAGGUGAUUGGCAAAGACAAUGUCCUAAUCCCUUAGCAGAGUAUGCUGAUACAAAAACAAGACAAGCUGACAGACUAAAUGACCGGAGACAAUUGCUGCUCUGA